UUCUUUACCGCAUUCAGGUAGCAACUGAAGUGCUGUUGAAAAUACAAACAACAAAUAACGGUAACGAGUAGUUAAAAAAUAGCGCGUUUUCUACCGGCCAAAGGAUUUUAUACGUGCAAUUUAAAUUGAAUGGAUUUCAUUGCAUGACAGAACAAAGAGAAUAAAGUGCAUACAUUUUCGAACACCGUCGAUUUUACCUAUUGGAUUACAAUUUACUAGGAUAAAUAUAAUAAUGAAUAUUCAAUUGAAAUAUGUGCUGUUAACAACAAUGUUAACAUUUGCUGUGGCCGAAAAACAACUGAAACUCGAAGACAUUGAACGAGACAAUUUAUUGAGCGAACGACGUGUAAAUAGAGAUCAAGAAAUUGUUAAAAUUGGACAGUCACAACGGUUGGUCGCUCCAAUUCAUGUGGGACCUCAUUACGAGGCAUCAUCGGAAAGUACGAGCAAUGACCUAGGCGAGGAUAUUGUUUAUGCUCAGCCACCAACAGCACCAGACGGUGACACAACAUCUCGUGAACAAUAUGCCGAACAAUAUGGAAAAGUUGAUCAACAAACGUCAAUUCAGUAUGUAACGCCACAGCAACAGCAACAGCAACAACAGCAAUACGAAGCAACGCCCACUUCGGCAUCAUAUACAAACCCAGUACACCCAGUUCAUGAAGCAACUCAUACCUAUUCGUCACCAGCCCGAGAAUCUUUGGUGAAUCCAAUUGUGUACAAGCCACCCGCAUCACCGUCUCCAUAUAUUUCGCAACAGCCAAAGUAUGUCUAUGUUCAAGCUGGCGCGCAACAAUUAUCGCCAAGCGGUGUCAUUACAUACGGUCAGCCACAACAUUCUGUCGAAAAUCUGGUACAAACUCAACAGAAAAAUGCACAAGAUGAUAUCAGCUAUCCGGCCAUUGAACAAAAUCAAAUUUCGGAGACCUCACAGCAAGCGGUGAAUGCACCGACGCGCCAAGAAAACUAUGCAUCACGAGCACUUCAAUAUUAUCCAUAUUUGACACAAACACCAUCCAUCCCGAAUUAUGUAAUGUUAUUUAGAAAUCCAGCACAGGCUCAAACGUAUGCGUUUCCAUCGAUUCAAUAUGCACAACCGUAUGCCACCAAUAUACCAGCUGAACAUGCAUCACCAUCACAGCAUUUGACGGCUCCUCAACCAACACUGGCUGCAACCUUUGUGAAUCCACAUCUUGACGGCACUGCGGUGCUACAAGCACCUGAAUCAACUGCCAUUCCAACCGCUGCCCUCCAAUAUACCACCAUACCUCAGCUACAAUUGACUCCACAAUCAUUGCAAUUACAACCCGUUGCUGAAUUUGUCACAUCACCGCAAAUCCAAAAUUCCCAUAAAUAUUAUCAGCCAUCGCCACAACAUUUACAAUCGCCACUUGAUAUUUUCCAUUCAUUUCAAAAACAUCAGCCAACCAGUUUGCUCGAUUCAUAUGUACCCAGUUCAGUGAUCUAUGCGGCGCAACGGCAACGGAAUGCUGCUUUGAUAAAUCGUCAAAUUUUACACGCUGUUUCCGGUAACUUUGCAUCGCCAACAUUGGCCCAUCCAACGCAUUUCUUUCAACACGGUUCACAUCAACCGGGUUACAAUACCAUUGCAUAUUCAACGGCCCAAGGCUACUCAAAACGAUCACCCAAACUAGUUACGGAACGUCCACUAAAGCUGAAUAAGAGAAACUAGAAAUGAAAUUGAGUUUGCAUGUAAUAAACCGUAAACCUUUGGCUUGAUUGUUUGUUUUUAAAGAAUGUUCAUUAUGUUGCUGUUGUUUACAGAGAAUCAAAUAAUCCAUAGUUUUUUUUUUAUUCAUUGUUGAUAGAUUAUUGUUAUUAGAAUAUUCGGUGACAGUGAACUCUGUGGAUGGACAAUUUUGGUUUCAACCUUUUUUCAGAAUUGUGAAAAUACCUAGCCAGUUCAAUGAUAAAAAAAUGACUCAAUGACGCCCGUUUAGUUUUUAGCGUAUAAUAAUUUUAAUAUCAUUCCAUUCAUAUAGCAUCAUGUAUAGUGCCACUAGUCUUAGGCGAAACAUACUUCAAGCAUAUUUGUUGAUUUAUCAAAAUCGAUAAUGAAAAAUGAAUAAAAAAAUCCACUACCA